GAGGCAGCAGCGGCGGCGGCGGCGGCGGCGAUAGCGCCCCGAACCUGCAGCGCCGCACUCUCCGCGCGCUGCCAGCCCCGACGGCAUGGCCAGCAGCCCGCGCUCCGAGCGCCCCCAACCCCGCUGAUUGCUGCCACGGCUCCGGACCCACGCGCAGGGCCCCAAGCCGCAGGAUGAGCCGCGUGGAGUGACUACCGCUUGGGAAUGCGGGUGUGAAGGGUCCGAGCUGCCGCCCAGCGGGGAGGAGACCCCGGGACGCCGGAAAUCACCAUCCUGAAGCUACGAGGAAAGGGGAAAGAGCGUUCUUCAUUCAGUUUUGUGCCUUGUGAGGGAUUUAUAUUUUUAAUCGCUAUUUUUUUUUAACAAAAGAAACAUCUCCGGGCUACUGUUUGUCACCGUCUCUGGGGAAUCAACCAGAACCACCGGAACAUAACUGAACCGAGAGAGAGAGAAAGAGAGAGAGAGAAAGAGAGAGAGAGAGGCAGGAGCCGAGUCAGUACCUGCAGCGCCCGGGCACCGGAGACCUUGGAACCAGAACGCGUCUCGGGAGGCCGCGGGGCUGCGGCUCCGCCAAACUUUGGGCAGGCAGGGGCGUCGAGGGGCUUCGUAGACGGAGGGCGGCCCCCCUAACCAUGAUGUUUCGCGACCAGGUUGGGGUGCUGGCGGGCUGGUUUAAGGGCUGGAACGAGUGCGAGCAGACUGUUGCGCUGCUGUCGUUGCUCAAGCGCGUGAGCCAGACCCAGGCCCGCUUCCUCCAGCUCUGCCUGGAGCACUCUCUGGCCGACUGCGCCGAGCUGCACGUCCUGGAAGGAGAGGCCAACAGCCCGGGAAUCAUUAACCAAUGGCAACAGGAAUCCAAGGAUAAAGUGAUUUCCCUUCUGUUAACUCACCUGCCUUUGCUGAAGCCAGGAAACCUCGACGCGAAAGUAGAGUAUAUGAAACUGCUGCCCAAGAUCCUGGCACACUCUAUAGAACACAACCAGCACAUCGAGGAGAGCAGACAGCUGCUGUCCUAUGCUUUGAUCCACCCGGCCACUUCCUUAGAAGACCGAAGUGCUCUAGCCAUGUGGCUCAACCAUUUGGAGGACCGCACAUCGACUAGCUUUGGCAGCCAGAACCGAGGCCGCUCGGACUCUGUGGAUUACGGACAGACGCACUACUAUCACCAAAGACAGAACUCUGACGACAAGCUCAAUGGGUGGCAGAACUCUCGGGACUCUGGGAUUUGCAUCAGCGCCUCCAACUGGCAGGACAAAAGCCUGGGGUGUGAGAAUGGCCAUGUGCCCCUCUACUCUUCUUCUUCUGUCCCCACCACAAUCAACACAAUUGGAACCAGCACAAGUACGAGUCGAUUCAGGGAGGAAACCCUCUUCCUCCAAUCCCAGUCUCUGCUGGCAUUCCAGGACACUGGCAGCUUCCACUGUGCUGUUCCACCAGGAAUGAGAGACAGCAUGGAUUCUGAGAAGAUUUUAGUUCUCUCAGGCCAGGCACACCACAGCCCUUUGAAACGAUCUGUUUCCCUUACCCCACCCAUGAAUGUGCCAAACCAGCCUCUAGGACAUGGAUGGAUGUCUCAUGAGGACUUACGAGCUAGAGGACCCCAGUGCCUCCCAUCCGAUCAUGCCCCCCUGUCUCCACAAAGCAGUGUAGCCUCUUCAGGAAGUGGUGGGAGUGAACCCUUAGAAGACCAGACCACUGCUCGUAACACAUUCCAAGAAGAAGGUAGUGGUAUGAAAGAUGUCCCAGCGUGGUUAAAAAGCCUCCGCCUGCACAAAUACGCUGCCCUGUUCUCGCAGAUGACUUAUGAGGAGAUGAUGGCCCUCACCGAGUGUCAACUGGAGGCUCAGAAUGUUACCAAAGGUGCAAGACACAAAAUUGUAAUCAGUAUUCAGAAGCUCAAAGAAAGACAAAAUCUGCUGAAGUCUUUGGAAAGGGACAUCAUCGAAGGGGGCAGCCUGCGCACCCCCCUCCAGGAGCUGCAUCAGAUGAUCCUGACGCCCAUCAAGGCCUAUAGCUCUCCCAGGACCACGCCUGAGGCGCGCCGCCACGAGCCUUCGCUGAUGGGCCCGGAGAAUCCUAGCACCGACUGCAAAGACGGUGCCACGGUGGCCAACAGCGUCACAGCCAGCGCCUCAGCUGGCGCCAGCGGUGGGCUGCAACCACCCCAGCUGAGCAGCUGCGAUGGGGAGCUGGCUGUUGCCCCUCUGCCAGAGGGGGACCUCCCCGGGCAAUUCACACGAGUCAUGGGGAAAGUGUGCACACAGCUCUUGGUGUCCAGACCUGAUGAGGAAAAUAUAAGUUCCUAUCUACAGCUCUUAGACAAGUGUCUCGUUCAUGAGGCAUUUACAGAGACGCAGAAAAAAAGAUUGUUGUCAUGGAAACAGCAGGUGCAGAAGCUCUUCCGGUCUUUCCCUCGGAAAACCCUUCUAGACAUAUCAGGAUAUCGACAGCAAAGAAAUCGUGGCUUUGGGCAGUCCAACUCCCUCCCGACAGCCAGCUCCGUGGGCGGUGGCAUGGGCAGACGGAACCCACGACAGUACCAGAUUGCCUCUCGGAAUGUCCCUUCUGCUCGCCUUGGUCUCUUGGGCACCAGUGGAUUCGUCAGCUCCAACCAGCGCCAUGCCGCUGCCAACCCCACCAUCAUGAAACAAGGAAGACAGAACCUCUGGUUUGCCAACCCCGGGGGCAGCAACAGCAUGCCCAGCCGCACCCACAGCUCCGUCCAGAAGACUCGCUCACUGCCCGUGCACACUUCCCCACAAAACGUGCUGAUGUUCCAGCGACCAGAAUUCCAGCUUCCUGUGACUGAACCUGACAUCAACAACAGACUGGAGUCCUUGUGCCUCAGUAUGACGGAGCAUGCCCUGGGAGAUGGGGUUGACCGGACCUCCACAAUCUAGAAACUGAAGAUGAGAGUGACCGCGCUGGCCGUGAAAUCGACUGCUGCGGGCCCAGUGUCAGCCAUCUUCAGGGUUGCAUAGAGUCUUCCAGGACACUUUGCAGCCUUUUCCCCCUGGUCCCUCGCCCAUUUUGAUUUUGUGAGAGCGUAGGUCAUCCUUGUAAACAUAUCAGUAGACCUGGGGUUGGUCAUGUUGUCGUUUGUUUCUGUCGUGGGAUGGGACGGUAUGCAGGGUGGGGAGGGGACUCUAGGGAACUGUGGGGCGGGGUGGGGCGGAAGGAUGCUCAUGGCUUCCUGGAUGGAAAUGGGGUGGGGAGGAGUACCGCCAGGAGACACUCGGGAGGGAGGAAGCUGCCCGGCCCGGGGCAGCUUCUCAGAAGCCCGCUUCAUGUAGUCAGCCGGCACAAGACAGAGGGUACAGGCAACCAGAGCAAGAGGUGGCUGGCCUGUUUGUGUCUCCUCGACUGGAUCUCCCUAAGGCCCUGCUUGAAGCAAGCAGCCACGGGACAGGGCCAUGUGGCAACAAGGGCAAGAGGACGAAAUUCCCUCCAGCAAACUUUCAAACUUUGAUUUGUGUAUUGUUUACAUAAGAGUUUUAAAGGGUACAUAACCUGUAGAGUUUGGGUAGAACUUCUCUUCAUACUAUGGUUUUUGUAAAAGACUGAUUGCUAUGGAUUCAUUUUUGUUUCAUCUAUUUUUAUAAUAGUAGCAGGUGUCUUUUAAAACGGCUGCCAAGCUCUGCUUCUCGAGAAGAUGGAUGCAGUCAAGUAGGCCUCGCAUGGCCAUCUCCCACCAUGAGGUGGGAGGAGCUUCCACCAUGAGGUGGGAGGAGCUUCCACCAUGAGGUGGGAGGAGGAGUGUGUGGAUGCAUGUGAAGGGUGAGAGGGUGUGCCAAGGACACAGAGCUGGUGGCUUCAUGUGGUCAGUUACGGAUUUGCUCAUAGGUCACCCAGAGAUGAUAAACUUUGCAACCUCUUUCUGGGCUGGAUUUGCAUCCCACCCAAGGUCUGUCUUGCUUCCAAACCUCCCCACAGGCCCCUGGUCUCACUCCACAGUCCCGCUAGAGGUCUCUGACUCACAACGCUUGUGAUGGAGGGUUUGCAGGAGCCUGGGAGCCGUAUUCUUUUUACCCCAUCUCUGCUGAAGAAGAAUGGUCCAGCAAUAGUGCCAGAGAGAUCAGUGCAGAGAGGCAGAGGCGCCACCAUCCAGGGCGGGCUAUGAAAGCAGAAGCAGGGAAGGUUAGCUUGUGAGAGAGAGAAAUGGUGGCUGUGUCCAUGCGUGUGAGUCCAGGUUUGCUGUAUUGGGGAAUGACUGAUCCAGCCUUACACGGGCAAGGGAAAACACACUCGUGUGACCCGUCAUGCAGUGAGAGAUCAGCUGGGAUGCCGCAGAGUCAUGGCAACAUUUCAGAAUUUGAUGCAGUGAAGGAUAUUGGAGGACAUCGAGAAGGAAUUGUGCACUGCACUAGAAAAUUCGUUGUGCAAAUGGGAUGGUGUAAAUGCUUUACCAGAGGCAUGAUCUGGGAGAUGAAGUAAGGCCUGUUCAUUAAGUGGGUGAGACUGAUGCCUCUUUAAAUAAAAAGUGAUGUCUAAGUCAAAGUUAAAGGGAUCGAACCAUGCAAAUGACUGCACCUUGCCCAUGUUACUCAUUUUUGGGUUUUUUUUUCAAAUUAGUGAAGGGCAUCCAGACUUUAAAGGCCUUAAUAAAAAUCCACACAACUUUGUUUACCUGUCAAGAUUACAGAUGUACAGCUAGCCCAGCCUUGGAUGCUGCAACAGAGAUCUUGCAAUCCUUGCAGUCCAGAAGGCCAAGGGCACCCUAAGCAGACAGAGCUCUUAGUGAGCACAGAGGCCCUGGGUGAGCCAUUCCAUGCAGCACAUUGCAACAACAGUAACAAGGGCGUCAGGCCACUCCUGGGUGAGCAGGUCUUGAAGAUGCAAAUCCAUGAGCAGAAGCGUGUUUAGUUUCUAUAUGUGUAUAUAUAAUGUUUUUAACCAAGUGCCAUUAACACUUACCCCUCACGCACCUUUUCCAAACAGUCUCAGUGUUGGGGGAGGGGGUGGGAUGGAUGGUCACAUGUGAGGCAGAAUAGGUGAAAAUGUAGAAGGCCAAAGGCACGGCCAGAGGGUCUGAGGAUGUGAUUGGAGGACGCUGAGGAGGUAAACGGAGAGGAACAACGGGAUUCCUCGUCUCGUAGGAAGCCAACGGUGUGGGGAUCUGCCACAUGCCCAUAAAGACAUAGGCUACUCAGAAGCCGGAUUGUGAUCACAAUCGUGUGAACGUGAGUCUUUUAAAAAGAAGAAGACCAUAGAGUAUUUGCAAAUCUGAAUUCCUAUUUAUUCCUUCAUUGAAUAUAGAAACAAUGGUUAUCUGAUUACUAGAGAUAUUAUUUUGGAUAUGUUACUUAUUAACUUGCUAUGGCUGGUAACCAUGAUAAACUCUGUUAUUAGUAACAACAUAAUUCUUUUUUUUUAAAAAAAAAAAGGAAAGCUUAUUUUUCAUUGACUGUAAAGAUUUAUCUACUUAGUUGUGGUUUGCUAUGUUAAUGUUUUCUCUCUCUUUUUUAAGUUUUCUGAUUUUUAAGAGCCUCUGCCCAUCUUGUUUAGAUUCCUGUGUUGACUGCAGGUACACAGCUCAAUUUUAAAACCCUAAAGCAAAGGAAUCUUAUUUAUACAAAGAAUGAAACGAUUUCAUGCCUGAGGCUGUGAGGGCUAGACCCGUAGGAAUAAGCUGCAGUGCCUUCUUUGUAUUUACCCAUUGACACCCCCACGCCGUGCAGCUGUUUUAUAUUAAAUAGUAAAGGUUUGAAACUCUCAGAGUAAAAUCUAUUUCACUGCAUAGGUUCCCCCCCACUCUGAUGUAAGCAGCAUGACUCUCUGCACUGUCUGAGGCACAGUGCUGGUCUGCGAUAUCAUGGGUGAUGUUUUAUUGGUGCUUUUUACUCAGUGUUUUCUUACCAGAACACAGUAGGAAGAAACACACUAAACUGUGUACAAGACACGAAACAUUGCUGCUGAUGGUGUUUUGUUUUUCUCCUUCCCCCACACAUGCUUUUGAGUUUCACUCUUUUUUUUCUUUUAAACACAAAUCCAGCAAGCAUUAUAGAUGCUGCUGGGCCUGCCUGCCAAGGGCUGCUGUUUGCACUAAGCUCUCUCAUAUCCUGGGUUGACCUGAAGGUCUUUUUCUGCUACCCAGGUCGGGAGCUGCGACUGGGCCCCACCUCCCAUUCUUCUGAGGUGACACUGAGGGAAACCAGGUUUUCUUUUGAGGUGUCGCUGGCUGCCUUUUGCAGAAUGGGGGUCUUCUCCGGGUAUUUUGUUCUUCUGUGCCUCUUGUAGCUUAUACUGAUGCAAGGUUUGUAGACCUGUGUCCCCCAGAGCCUGGGUGGAGGACCGAGCUAGGAAGGAGAGGAACGUGGGUUCUGUAGGACGUCUUUCCACUCUAGCCUGAGUUGGGGAAGCACCCUGCCCAGGGUGCCAAGGUGUGCCCAUUACAAUCAGAACCUGCAGCAGGAUAGUUGAACGCGGAGCUGUGAUAACACUAAUGUUGGGUUUGUUUUUGUUUCUUUUUCUUCUUUUUUUUUUUACAACUCAUCAGAGAUGUUUGCAAAGUGACUUUUGUUUUAAUUCUUUUAUCUUGACUUAAAGGUGAAUGUGUAUCCCUCUGGGAGGAGCGAGAAGAAAGCAGGAAUGUUAGUAAUGGCAAACAGAAGACUUCCUCCCUUAUUAAUAUAUAACCCUCACGUAUUUAUGCCUAACGUAAGCUGACCUUCAGAAGGCUUUCUUUCGUUGCAUGCCCUGUGCAGGCAUUCGUAUUGUACAUGCAUGCCUUUUGUCCUGUUUUCCUGUAUAAAGUCAGUGAACAAAGAAAUAUUUUUGCCUAGUUCAUGUUGCCAAGCAAUGCAUAUUUUUUAAAUUUGUCAUAUAUGGAAAGAGCAUGUUUGUUACAUGUAAAAGCUUUACUGAUAUACAGAUAUACUAAUGUUUGAAGAUGCUAUUCUUUGCAAGUGUACAGUUUUCAAAUGUUGUUACCCGUGACAACACCCUUGUGGUCUAAACUUGCUACAAUGUAUUUAUUAUUCAUUUCCUCCUACGGAAUUAAGAAUCAUGGCUAUAUUUCAUAUGGUUAUAUUGAGAGUGAAGGGAAAUGAUUAAUACAAGGUUUUGUAACA